UGUUUAAUUUUACGUUGAGUUGAUUUAAGAGUUAUUUGUAAUCACAGUACUUUUGCUAGAGUCUCAUCUGCAUCAUCCAUUGGAAUAAAUUCUUCAUUGUGGACAUGUGGACCAUUCUGCAUACUUUCAUCUCUCACUAUCUGCAUCGUGUUGCUGUUUCUUCCUUGUCAGGUUAUCAUCUUCUGCUUGUUGCCAUUCUUCAGACCUUGGUGUGACUAUAACUUGUCCAGCUUUUAAAUGGGUAUUUGAAGAAGGAGAUUGUGCUCAUAUAUUUGGAUAUUACAAGGUUUUGUUGGAGAAUCCUAUAGAAGAAAAGGUUUCUUUCAGGUUGAUAUUAAAAGUUGUCUACAAAAGAGGAACUUUUUGAACUUAUCCAACACUGAUUAGAAGCUGAAGAUUACCUUGAAAUCAAGUUAGAAAUUGUGGGAAUAAAAAAAUACAAUUUUUGGCAAUCGUUAGUUAAAAUAUUGAAAUUUUCAUAAAAUCUUAGAAAAUGGCAGAAACAAAAUUUGAUCAGCUAACAGACAGGCUUCAGAAAAGAGAAGACAUGAGGUUAGCAGAACAAGAGAAGAGGAAAGCUGAAAGAGAAAGGGCUACUGCUGCUAAAGAACAAAAUGAUUUUUACUUCAGUAACUUCACACAGAUCAAACAAGAUAUUUACAAAAAACUGGAUGAAUGUCAAUGUGCCGAUAAAAGUAAAGUUUUCAGUAUUUUAGAAACCAUUUCAAAGGAUUAUCAAAAACUUGAAAAAUUUUUGGCAGAUUCUACAAUGUUUCUUCCAUCUUAUGAUAUCCGAGUAGCCCAGGAAACAUUGAAAAAUAUUCAAGAAGCAAUUCAAGAUGCAGAAAGCAAAUUCUUACCAAAAAAAAAGUUUGCAUUUAAAAACAAGAAAAAGGCAGGUGUUGGAAAGGACAUAAUAGAUAGUUUAAUUAAAAGUCAUGUUCGACAAGAAAAGAAAUUUGAUAUUAAUGACUGUGGUUUUGAAAAACUUUCAAAUAUGAAUCUGGAAAUGAACCAAAAUGAAGUUAAUAAGAAAGAUGUUGGACUCAACUCAUUAGAAAACUGUAUUGUACGUAUUUAUGGAGCACCUAGCACUGUCCAUGCUAGUGGUCUUCGAGGGUGUACAGUGUUAAUUGGACCUGUCUCAACAUCUAUGUUUAUUGAGGACUGUGUAGACUGUAUAUUUGCUGUAGCUUGCCAACAGUUGCGGGUCCACACAACAUCAAGAGUUACUUUUUAUCUCCAUGUUACAAGUAGAGCAAUAAUUGAAGAUUCAACUGAGUUGAAAUUUGCUCCUUAUUCGUGGGAUUAUAAAGAACUUGAUGAGCAUUUUGAACUAGCAGGUUUUAACAAAUCACAGAAUAAUUGGAACAUGGUUGAUGACUUCAAUUGGCUGGCAUUGGAUGUACCAUCUCCUAAUUGGUCAAUUUUAAAAGAAGAUAUGAGAGUAACCUCUUGGUGAUUUUAACAGAUGUAACUAACAGUAACCUUUUCUGUAAGUAGAGGUGUUUGAAAGUGAACCAUUUUGGAACUAGCCUCCCAGUUUUAUCACUUGAGUGGCUGUAUAAAUCUAUGAUUUGUGUUCCUUUAGAAAAAAAAAAUCCAGAAAUUGUUAAAUAUGAAAUUAAGUUUGACAAUAACUUGUACCAAAUUAAUGUUAUUUGAGAUUUCUUGAUAUGAAUUCAUAUUUUAACCAGUCUUCUAAUUUGGAAUAUAAACCUCUAAAAUGUAAAAGCCAUUGUGUGAUUUCAUUAACUGUAAAGAACAUGAAAAAAAUGGAUUUUUGACUUUGUUUUGCCAAGUUUCAACAAAGCUUGUGAUUAAUUAUUUUAUCUUUUAAUAAUAGUAUAAUUUAGAAGUCUUGAAAUGAAUAAAUAUCAACAUGGUUAGAUAAGCAUUUAGAAUCCCAGAAAAUCCCAAGAAGUUUGUUUCAAUUCACUUUAAUUUGAAGAUUUAAUCAUACACUAAACCAUGUUUGUGAUUCUAUUUAAAACUAAAAAAAAGAUGUCUGAAUCUUUUCAGUAAUAUAUAUUGUCUUUCUUGUGUGGCAGAUAAGAUAUAACACUAGUUUCACUCAAGUGUAUAUUUUAAUUAAUAAAUUUACUGCAAAGGAAAAGUUGAAUGAGAAACAACAUUUAUAUUUACCAUUGUUACUUAACAUCACGAAAAGAGUGUAAAUAAUUGGUGAAGUAUAUUAAAAAAAUUUAAUAUAAUUAUUAAUUUUUGCAUGAUUUCCACAUACAGAUUGUUAAGUUUAUAAAUUAUGUUGCUGAAAGUAAUAUACAGUAACAAUAAUUUGUUUGUAUUUACAUAGUUAGAGAUAAGGCAUCCUUAUGACCAAAGAAUCAUAUAGUUAAUUUCAAACAAAAUUAACUUUUAUAUCUUCAUUAAAAGAUGUUGAAUAAUUGAUAUAUUAGGACUUUUCACAACAGUUUAUUUAUUUUAGGUUUUGACUUCUCCACCGGAGCCUUAACCAGUGCCUGCCUGUACAGUGAAUAUUGCUUUUAUGAAUACAAGUAAUGAACAAGCGUUUCUUUGAAAGUGAAAUAAAUGAAUGGAAGCAUUAAAUAUUAAAGAAAUGUUUUAAUACCCGUUGUUUCGUUCGAACAAAGAGGCUUCUCCAAAAUUCGCGGGUUCCCCGAUAAUUCGAGAAACUCAAUCACGCUUGCGCUAGUAACGUCACGUGACUUCCUCUGUCGUAACAAUAUUCAGCGUAUAGUUGCUCACAUAUGUAUUGGGGCCAAAUAUCUUGAAAAAUGAAGUAAUUUGCUGACAAGUUCUUGUGUAUAAUUUGAUCACAUUCGGUAACUCACGUGAUGAGUUUUAAACACAAGAUAAUGAAUGUUUCUUAGGGGUGAAUUGGCAUUAAUGGACAAGCCCGGGCAAUAUCAUAUGCUGCAUAUUGGCUAAACAAUUAGAGCUUAAAAUCAGUUUCUAAGAAUGCGUCAAAUGCAUUGCAGCAGUUUGCAUAAUGUCCCGAUGGGGGAAGUCGUCCUUAUUCAGUUAUUGUUGCAUUUUUGCUUGUGACUGCUGGUUUUCAAAAAUUAAUAUGUGACUGAAGAUAGACCAUUACCCGUUCGAUUGCCCCAAUAUACAUAAAAUAGAUCUCUGACCACAUAUAUUUUGUUUGAUAUCUAAUAACAUUUCUGAUUGGCUGUAAGAAAAAUUGGUUGCAUGGACUCUGUUGUUGUAAGUCUGCUACAAAUGAAGAAUAAUAACUAUAUGGGUGCAUGAAAUCAUGAAGUCUAAGUAAACAAUCUCUGCAUGGGUUAAACUACAAAUGUUUUCUAAAUAUCUGACAAUUAAUAGGCAUUUAUUAGAAGCCGAGAGAUUAGUUUAAUUUAUUCUCAUGUUUAGAGCAGACCCAAAUUUAACGUAAAGUUUGGACUUAUAUUAAAGAAUGAAAAGCAUCUUUGAAAGAAGUUGACUUUUAUUUAAACUAAUUAAGUUUUCAGGGGAAAUAAAAUCAAAGUCACGGUUAACAAGGAUUCGAAUUUGAUAGGCCUACCUACUUCUAAUUUUCAUGUAGGUUUCUUCAAAGAAGCAAGUUUUUUCUCGGCAUAAGUUUCCUAGCGUUAACAGCUCUUAUUAUACUUUCGACUUGGGUAUAAAUAAAUUGUAUUCUCUGACUUAAUACCUGUUAUAUUUCCAUGCGAAUCGCAUAGAUGUUUUUUCAGCAAAUUCUUUAUCAUUUUUUUGUAGUCUGACUUUGAUAUGAACAGAAAUGCAUACAUUUAAAUUAAAACGCUAUAUUUUGAAGUGGCGGAGUUGUUGGUUUGCGGGAUUAGCUACGCUGGUUAAUACGUGGGCAAACCUUUUUAAACACGUCAUUUUCUGUCUAAUACUUCAUAUAAGACACUAUUUCCAGUUAAAGAAGAAAAGUAGAGAAGGUAUGGAAAUUAAUACUUGUAAACUGUACAAGUAUGUACAGUUUACAAUUAUUGGUUAUUUUAAAAUUUUAUAACUUAAAUUUGGCAUUCAAAAUGCAGCAUCUGCUAAAGAUUAAAACUAAUUUAAAGUAAAAUUUUAUAACGUUUCUUUAAUUAUCAUCGUUUUACUCUUGUGACAAAUAGGAAACAAAAGAGAAAUAUUUUGUUUAGUAUGCCCUCCAAUAGCACAGCGAUAUGUCUGCGGACUUGCAACGCUAAAAACCGGAUUUCGAUUACCCGUGGUGGGCAGAGCGCAGAUAGUCCAUGGUGUGGCAUUGUGCUUAAACUACAAAAAAAGAUAAACUUGUUAAAUUUUCUAGUACAGCGAUCCAGAUCCUAUCGAUAAUAACCCAAUUGUUUGCCUCCACUUAAUUAAUAAAUGCGUUUGUGUAAACUUUUUGUAAGCGUUUUUAUUUGUAUAUUUUAUUCGAUAUAUUAGAUGAUAUAAAUUUUACCACUAUAUUUCAUUAUGAAUUGUACUUUGUGGUUGAAUAUGAAGAAAUCUCCACAGACGAAAAUGUCAGCAAUAAACACAUUAUAGUUAUUCACCCCGUUUAGGUCUACACAGAUAUACUCUCGCUGGUAAUGGCUACAAAUCUGUAAAAGCACACAAAUUUUUCGGAGCUGUAUUGUGGAACUUAAUAGAUAUAUAAUCGAACGGGAUUGCUAUGAUUUCAGUUUCUUUUGUUGUCUUUCUCAUAAAGGUUGUUAAUUUCUAGGUGUAACUGGAAACCAAUGAGCCUUAACCAAUACCAAGUUCUGUUUGAAGUCUUGUUAACGCACCAGCAAAUUAUUACAGCUUUAUCGCAGUAGCUUUUCUCUUUUGUAACCACAGCCUUAAUUUUGUAGGUAAAGGCGUUUUAAUUUAUUGGUUUGGGUGUGCGGUUUUGGAGCUUGUUGUUCUAAACACGUUACAGUUUUUGUCUGUUUCCAUGGAGACUACUGAAGAUCCCCUUCUUCGAAAUAACGCCUCUUUUGCUUUUAUUUCAGUUAUUCAUUUUUUGUUUGUGUUUUACUCUUCAGUAAAAACUAUUAUAUAUCUCUAGAGCCACCGAACAAGGUUACAUUUUUUUUUGUCUGAAACAUGCGUUGCUAGGAGAAGAAUAUUUUUACCGGCAGGGGGAGAAAAGGCACGUGAGAGAUUAAAAUGGUGGAUAAUUGUAACUAUUGAAUGAGAAAAUGACGGUGGUGAAAAGGAUGAUUUGUUAUAGCUUUGAGUUUAUUAUUUUUUUGUGGAUAAGAAAUGUUGCCAAUUAUACUAUAUCAUUGCAAACAUAUUCAACUCUUCCUACUUAACUGAUCACAACAAUACAUAAAAA